AUGCGUGAGCUGCAAUCCUCGCCAACUCUCACCUCGAAGCCCGUGUGGUCUCUUCGGGCCGCAGACGCUCCCGUUCUAGGUCUCGCCGAUCAGUCAACGUCUUUCAACGCUCAUUAUCGCUCCGAUUCGCCCACGCCUCAACUGCCUGGCGCUCUCUUCGCGGAUGAUGCGCCGGAGAUGGUCGAGCUUCAGCGACCACGCCAGAAGCUGCCCCGCCAGCCACUCGACAUCGCGUUCGCGCUGCAGUUGCGACCGGGCCUUGGCUUGGGCGCGGACUCGGCGUGGUUGGUUCGCUUCCUGAUGGCCAUGUUUGGCUGGAUGACGUUCUUCGUCGGGGGUGGACCUCGACGGGAGGACGGGUCAAGGCGGGCGCUCACUGCGUAG